CUCCCCUUUUUAUCGGCAACAUCACAGCUCAGAAAUGAAGAAAGACCUGUUUCUCUUCUGCUUUUUGGUCUCAGCGCUGGCCGCAUAUGUACAAAGUAAGCCUCAUGGAAAAAAUCAGCAUGUCAAACACAACCCGACUCCAAAAGAGCAGUCAGAGUCAGUGAAGCAUCAUGACAGUAAGGAUGGAGUUCUACCCACAUUUCUGCCUUUUGAGUCCAGCACUCAGGACCCAGAGGAUGAAGACACGAGUGAGGAGAAUGAGAGCCGUGUGGAGAUGAAGCAAGCAGGGGCAGAAGAGAUUAAAGGUUCAGAGGAAGGUGAGAAGAAUACACCUUUGCUCCUGAGUGAGGAGGCACUGACUCAGCUCCUGCAGGUCCCUGAGGAGGCAGAUGAACCUGUGCAGGAAGAUGAAGAUGAUGGUGACAGUCCAGAAAAAGACAAAGAAAUAAAGAAGAUGGAGGAGAAAAAGAAAGAUGGAGAAUCUACAAUGAAGAACGAAGAUGGAACUGAACAAAGAGAAGGUGAGAACAAGGUAGAGGAUGCAAAUGAGACUGACAGCAGUACCGAGUCAGAGAUACCAAUGGAUUUGGACUAUGCAGCUGACCGUGAUGCUUCACAGCCACUACCUGUCAAGAUAGAGGAGGCCAAAGCUUCAACCAUCAACACUAUAAAAGAGGUAGAAGAAACAGCUGAAGAUGUGAUUCCCACAGUCACAGUGGACUAUGAUUCCCAGCAAUCCAACACUGACUCCGAAGACACUGCAGAAGAACAGGAAGUGCCAGCAGAACAAACCCAAGAUGAGCUUAAAGAGGCUUUUCGGGACUCUGAGGAUGUCAAUGAAAAAGAGAAGAGUGAUCAACAGGAUGAGAAAAACAGCAGUGGCAAGAAGACAAAGAAGGAGAAGAAAAAGCAGAAGAAUGAAAGUAAUAGCCAUGGAAAGGGCAAAGCCAAGAAGCAGCGAAACAACCAGCGGAUGGAGAAGAUGCAGAAUGACCAAGCUGGUACAAUGGAAGAAACUGCGGAACAUACUCACAGGAAAGACCCAGAAGAAUUGGCGGAGCCCAUUGAAAAUACAGAGCCUAAAGCCAAAAGGAAGAAUGGGAAAUGGACCCGAUUGGUGGGGAUGAAUCCCGUACAAAUUAGGGCCACUAUGGAGCUUUACCCUGACAUUCGACCCACUCAUCGGCCCAGUGGACAGGGGUUGGAAGCUGACCCCUGUGAGAACUUUCCCUGUAAAAGAGGGAAGACAUGCAAAAUGAACGAUGAGAACAAACCCGUCUGUGUGUGUCAGGAGCCGUCAGAAUGUCCUCCAAGUGUAAAUGAUUUUGAGCAUGUAUGUGGAACUGACAACAAGACAUAUGACACAUCCUGUCAGCUCUUUGCUACCAAGUGUGGCCUUGAGGGGACCAAAAUAGGCCACAGACUUCACCUGGAUUACACCGGAUCCUGCAAAUUUAUUCCUCCAUGUCUGGAGUCGGAGCUGGUGCAGUUCCCUCUGCGUAUGCGGGACUGGCUGAAAAACGUGCUUUUGCAGUUAUAUGAGCAUGAAUCCAUGUCUCCUGGCUUUCUCACAGCUAAACAAAGAAUCAGAGUUCAGAAGAUCUAUGAGAGUGAGAGACGGCUUCAUGCAGGCGAUCACCCCGUUGAGCUUUUACAGCAAGACUUUGAGAAGAACUACAACAUGUACAUCUAUCCAGUACACUGGCAGUUUGCACAGAUGGACCAGCAUCCUUCAGACAGGUUUCUUUCUCACUCUGAGCUGGCUCCACUACGUGUUCCCCUAGUUCCAAUGGAGCACUGCACCUCAGUCUUUUUCCAAAAGUGUGAUGCUGACAAGGACAAAUUGGUCUCCUUCAAAGAGUGGUGCAUCUGCUUUGGCAUGAAGGAAGAGGAUAUGGAUACCAAUCUGCUGUUCUGAGCAAGAGCGAAUGCCUAAACAGGCAUCUUUGAGCUAAUAGAAGCAAAGGUUGUCUUUCUGAAUUAAUUAUGGCAGUCUGUUCAGUGAAAUACUACUGUUUUUUUUAAAGUGUAACGAUCAUGAUGGACAAGAAUGUCUCAAAAUCUUUUUAUGUGUAGCUUAUUGGAAAUGAGAGGAACUAUAGUUAAUAAUUUAGUUCAAAAAAACAAAAAAAUAAGUAGUUUUAGUUGAAGAGUUUUUGUAUGCAUUCCAAGGGGAAAAGUUUACAUAGUGAAUAAAGAACUAAAUAAAAUAGAUUUUAUAAACGUGCUGAAAAAUGUUUUUAGAUUAUGGGGGAAAAACAAGCCACUCUUACAUAUGUGCUUAUUGUCCUACAUAUUUAUCACAAAUUAUAUUAAUGGCUUAAAUAAAUGAAUCAGGAAUUUAACUUUUUUUUUUUUAAAUCCACUAUUUUAUAUGACCAUGUAAUGUAAAUCUUAAAGAUUUUUUUUUUUUUUUUUUUAAAUGAUAAUGUAAUUUCCUAAAAUUCCUUAAAACUGAAAGAUUGUAACAACUAU